AUGAACGGCUCAAUCAGGUCACGCCCUGAAACUCGUCGUGCCAAACGAAAAGUCACUCGACUUGUACUCUGUGUGCUCAUUAUAUGGGCUGUCUGCUGGCUGCCUCUUAACGUGUGCUUCUUUGUCUCCGGUCUCUCGUAUCCAGAAACGCUUGUGAUGAAAGGAGGUGUCAUUAUGGUUGUAAUUCAAAUUUCUAGUCAGUUCAAGAUGAAAUAUGUGCAAAUAGGAAAGGCUGUAUAUCAUCUUGGUCAACCAACUCUUUCAUGUCGUUCCGUAGAAUUUGGUUUCGAAAUUUUGCGUGACUACUGUGUUUUAUGUCAGAAUGGAUUCAUAAGGGUCAUAUGUACUAUGGGAAGGAAAUUAACUAUGGGUGCAUACUGCAUACAGGAUGAUAAGAUUGCGUACAUAUAA